AUGUUGUGCCAACAACUGUUGUGCCAAUGGGAGUUGGCAUGGCGCCACCAAUGGUCGUCGACCCACUCAUGUACCCUGCCGGAGUGCCAAUGGUUGCUCCACCUGUUUACCCAAUGGGACCAACUGUCUACCCAGCUGGUAUCGCCCCAGCCGUCUACCCACCAGGCUACAUGGGCGGCGGUGCCUACCCAUACCCACAUCAUCACCACGGUCACAAGUUCUACAAGCGUUUCAAGUACUAAACUACUGACAACGACGAUGAUGAUGACAAUAGCAACAUGUAAACUCGAUCUCAAUCAAUUGCUUGCUCUUGGUGACCUCUCUCUCCCGACGAUUACAACACAACAACAAUCUUUGUAUCUAUUACCAAUCCAUCCACCAUCCACUGGCCAA